AUGCUCUCUCGCACAGCCCCCCGAGCUCUGCUCGCCUCCGUGCGCCCAUCCAUCCGCACAACAACACCCCCCACUUCCACUCUCCUUCCACGGGUCCGCGCCAUUCGCCCCAGCUCCGCCUCACAGUUCACCCGCUCCUUUCAGUCCUCCCCGGUAAUCGGCAAAGGCAUUCACCCAGAAUCAGCAGACCCUCCAGCCCCAAACCCGCAGUCGGGUUCUGUUGCCGGAGCCGCUUCUCAUGUCACCGAGCCCUCGCCGUUGACGCCGGAGGACUACUACGAGUACUCGGAACAUUAUUUCAAUGUGCUGCAAAGCCACUUGGAGCGGGCACAGGAGGAGGGCUCGGAAGUUGAGGCUGAAUAUAGUGCUGGUGUUCUGAACAUCUCCGUUCCCGCAAUCGGCACCUAUGUACUCAACAAGCAACCACCCAACAAGCAGAUCUGGCUCAGCUCGCCCAUCUCCGGGCCGAAGCGGUACGACUGGAUUGUUGAGGGUGAUUAUAUGCAUGAGAAGCAGGAUUCGCGGCCUUUCGUCAACGGACAGUGGAUCUACCUGCGCGAUGGUUCUAAUCUGACCGAGUUGUUGAACUCUGAGUUGACAUUGCGUUUGCCCAAGGAUGUCUACGGCGAGGUCGUUGAGUAA